GUUCAGGUUUCCACUUUGAUUGUUGGUGUUUUUUGUUUAUCGUUUAAUUGUUUUGCUUUUUUUUAGUUUAAUUCUCAAUUGACAAAUAGCCUGGAGAUAAUUAAAGUGUUAUCAUGUGUUGAUUCACAGAGAAAGCGACAUUUUUAAUCGUUGAUUGUGAUUCUAAUUGUGUGGCCUUUAAUUGUUUCUACUACGAAAUUGAUAAGUGAUCAUUUUGGUCUUUACCUGUUGAUCAUUUUAGUGGAAAUUUUUUCUCCAUCUUAAUCUAAUCCUAAUUAUCUUUACAAUUCAAGAUUUCGUUUGUGGUUUUUAAUCAAUUGAGCUGAAUUCUUGAUGAAAUUCUGUGCCUAAUUUCUUGGUUUCUUUGGUGUUUUUAUCAAUCAUCUCUAAAGUGUUUGGAGAGUUUCUUUUUUAACUUAACUUAUUACUUUUCUUUUUCUAUCAAUUCUAUUUAUUGAAUAUUAUAAACAAAGAAAAUGUCUUAUCCGGUUGAUGAUCCACCAGCUCCAAGAACGGAAGCCGAAAGGCUACGAAUGAGAGCAAAUGAGAUAACCGAUGAGUCACUUGAAUCAACUCGUCGUAUGUUACAAUUAGUCGAAGAUAGUAAAGAGGCUGGAAUAAAAACUCUGGUCGCUUUGGAUGAACAAGGUGAACAAUUGAACCGAAUUGAGGAGGAUAUGGAUAAGAUAAAUGCUGAUAUGAGAGAAGCUGAAAGAGCAAUAACUGGUAUGGAACAGUGUUGUGGUCUAUUCACUUGUCCGUGUGGAAAGAAGUCCGAUUUUAAAGCCAAUGAAUCGACCUGGAAAUCAUCUGAAGAUCGUAAGGUGAUAAAUGGUCAACCUGCUCGAUCCAUGGAUGUUCGUGAUGGAGGUGGACCAGUUCGUAAUGGACCUUACAUUUCUCGAAUAACAAACGAUGCUCGAGAAGAUGAAAUGGAGGAAAAUUUAGUUGGUGUAUCUUCAGUUCUUGGUAAUUUACGUAACAUGGCAAUCGACAUGGGAUCAGAAAUUGGUUCACAAAAUGUUCAAUUGGAGAGAAUUAACCUUAAAGCCGAUUCGAAUAAAUCAAGAAUUCAAGGAGCCGCCGAAAGAACUCAGAAACUUCUCAAAUAGAUUUAGUUAUUUUAUCGAAACAAUUUGUUGAGUCUCAAAAUUAACGAUCUAUUUUCUUAUCUAUAAAUUCAGUUUUACAGUAACUAAUUGUCUUUUCUAAUUAUUAGUAUUUAAUCUUAAUCAUGUUACAAUUGGAGUUAUUUUUCUAGUUGCAAUUUCUCUCCCUCCUUCUCUCUCUCUCUCUCUCUCGCUCACUUGCUCUCAUUUCCUCUCUCUUCUUUGGGUUUUUAAUGAAUGAGAAAUGUGUAUUUUAAAUCUUGUUUUAUUGUUUGAAAUUAAACAAGAAAAUUUUUCUUAUUUUCACCCGAA